AUGUCUGGUAAUACUAAUAGCGAUAUUCUCAUUGCUGGCGCAAUUGCAGCCUUCACCGUAGAUCUGCUUGUAUACCCCCUCGACACCCUCAAGACACGAUUCCAAUCGCCAGACUAUGCACGACUAUACACGAACCAGGCGACGGGGAAGCCCAAUCCUGCGCUGUUCCGGGGCAUGUACCAGGGCAUUGGCAGCGUGAUCAUUGCAACAUUACCAUCUUCAGGAGCCUUCUUCACGACCUACGAACGGACAAAAACCCUCUUCGCAGACCUCAACUCAACGACAUCGCACCCUGAUGGUUUACUCCCCACGCCCGUCAUCCACGCAGCCGCCUCCUCUCUCGCCGAGCUGGUAUCCUGCGCCAUCCUAACCCCCGCAGAAGUCAUCAAGCAGAACGCGCAAAUGGUCUCCUCGGACCGCUCGAGCACAAACGCAACCAUCCAGACGCUGCGCAGAUUCCAAUCAAACCCGCUGGCGCUAUGGCGCGGCUACGCCUCCCUCGCAGGCCGCAAUCUGCCCUUCACUGCCAUGCAGUUCCCCAUGUUUGAGCGCUUGAAGAUGCGCAUCAGGGCGUAUAGGGAUGAGAAGGGACUCACGAGGGGGACUAUUGUCGAGAGCGGGAUCAUCACCGCGGUUAGUGCGGGGUCGGCUGGGGCUGUCGCGGCGGUUAUCACGACGCCCGUGGAUGUGCUCAAGACGAGGAUCAUGCUGAGUGCUGCCGAGGGAGAGGGAGCGUCGAGCAAGAGUGGGAAGGGUGCUGCGAAUGUGAAGAAUGCGCUGGUCGAUGCGCUGGGCGAGAGCGUCAGGAAGAGUAGGAGCGGUCACAAGGGAACGUGGCAGAUUACGCAGGAGAUUGUGCGGGAGCAGGGGUAUAAGGGGCUUUGGAGGGGUGGUGCGUUGAGAGCUGUUUGGACGUUUGUUGGCGCGGGGUUGUAUCUCGGUGCGUAUGAGAGCGGGAGAGUGUAUCUGGCGGCGAGGAGAGGGGAGCAUGUCGAUGAGGCGGAUCUCAUGUGA